AUGAAGUCCAAUCUAUUGUUCCCAGCUUCGGCUCUCCUUGCUUUCGCUGGUCAGAGCGUUGCCACCGACUGUCCGCUCAUCACCAGCAGAUGGUCCGCGGAUCCUUCGGCUCAUGUCUUCAACGACACUCUCUGGCUCUACCCUUCUCAUGACUGGGACGCCGGUCUUGAGAACUCCCCUGAUGGAGGCCAGUAUGCCAUGAAAGAUUACGUCGUCUACUCCAUCGACAAGAUCUACGGUUCUCUUCCCGAAGACCAUGGUGUGGUUCUCUCAGUGGACGAUGUCCCAUGGGCCUCUGAACAGAUGUGGGCUCCUGAUGCUGCCACCAAGAACGGCAAAUACUACUUCUACUUCCCCGCCAAGGACAAGGACGGCAUCUUCAGAAUCGGUGUCGCUGUCUCAGAUACCCCUGGUGGACCCUUCACUCCCGACAAGAGUUGGAUCCCCAACACUUUCAGCAUGGACCCCGCCAGUUUCGUUGACGAUGACGACGAGGCAUACCUGUCCUGGGGCGGUCUCAUGGGUGGUCAGCUCGAGCGAUGGCAGGACAAGAACAACUACAACGAGUCUGGAGCCAGUCCUCCCAACGGCACUGCUGCCUUGAGCCCUCAAAUCGCCAAGUUGAGCGAUGACAUGCACACUCUUGCUGAGAAGCCCCGAGACAUCAAGAUUCUCGACCCCAAGACCAAGAAGCCCCUGCUUGUCGAGGACUAUGAUCGACGAUUCUUCGAGGGCCCCUUCAUUCACAAGUACAACGGCAUGUACUACCUCAGCUACUCCACCGGCACAACCCACUAUAUGGUCUACGCGACUUCCAAGAGCGUGUACGGACCGUACACUUACCAAGGAAGAAUUCUCGAGCCUGUCGAGGGCUGGACUACCCAUGGUAGCAUUGUCAAGUAUAAGGGACAAUGGUGGGUGUUUUACCAUGAUGCUAAGACUUCCGGCAAGGAUUAUCUGCGCCAGGUCAAGGCUAAGAAGAUUUGGUAUGAUAGCAAGGGCAAGAUCGUCACCAAGAAGCCCAAGAGAGCUGUUUAA